AAGUUUUUGGAGUUCUGGUGGAAUCGCUCAUCCUUUUCUCCUCUCUGUGUGCCUUAGAUGAUGAGGUCACAGUAGGCAAGUUCUACGCCACCUUCCUGAUCCAAGAGUACUUCCGAAAAUUCAAGAAGCGAAAAGAGCAAGGUUUGGUGGGAAAGCCUUCACAGAGGAAUGCACUGUCCCUGCAGGCUGGCUUACGCACGUUGCAUGAUAUUGGGCCUGAGAUCCGACGGGCCAUCUCUGGGGAUCUUACUGCUGAGGAGGAGUUGGACAAGGCUAUGAAGGAGGCUGUGUCUGCUGCCUCUGAAGACGACAUCUUCAGGAGAGCUGGAGGCCUGUUUGGCAACCAUGUCAGCUACUAUCAAAGUGACAGCAGGAGCAACUUUCCUCAGACCUUCACUACCCAGCGCCCACUGCAUAUCAACAAGACGGGAAACAACCAAGGUGACACCGAGUCACCAUCCCAUGAGAAGCUAGUGGACUCCACUUUCACCCCCAGCAGCUACUCAUCCACAGGUUCCAAUGCCAACAUCAACAAUGCCAACAACACUGCCCUGGGCCGCUUCCCCCAUCCCACUGGCUACUCCAGCACAGUCAGCACUGUGGAGGGCCAUGGGCCCCCCUUGUCCCCUGCUAUCCGGGUACAGGAGGCAGCAUGGAAGCUCAGCUCUAAGAGGUGCCACUCCCGAGAGAGCCAGGGGGCCUCGGUGAGUCAAGAGAUGUUUCCAGAAGAGACCUGCAGUGUGAGAAUGAGUGAGGACGCUGAGUACUGCAGUGAGCCCAGCCUGCUCUCCACAGAUAUACUCUCCUACCAGGAUGAUGAAAACAGACAACUGACAUCUCCAGAGGAUAGGAGGGAGAUCCAGCAAUCUCCAAAGAGGAGUUUCCUCCGCUCUGCCUCUCUAGGUCGAAGGGCCUCCUUCCACCUGGAAUGUCUGAAGAGACAAAAGGAUCAAGGGGGAGACAUCUCUCAGAAAACAGCCUUGCCCUUGCAUCUGGUUCAUCAUCAGGCAUUGGCAGUGGCAGGUUUGAGUCCCCUCCUGCAGAGAAGCCAUUCUCCUACCAAGAUCCCCAGGGCAUGCCCCACACCCCCUGUCACCCCUGGCAGCCGGGGCAGGCCCCUACAGCCCAUCCCCACCCUACGGCUGGAGGGGGCUGAGUCCAGCGAGAAACUCAACAGCAGCUUCCCAUCCAUCCCCUGCAGCUCCUGGUCUGACGAGACCACUGCCUGUAGUGGGGGCAGCAGCAUGGCUCGGAGAGCCCGGCCUGUCUCCCUCACCGUGCCCAGCCAGGCUGGAGCUCCGGGGAGACAGUUCCAUGGCAGUGCCAGCAGCCUGGUGGAAGCGGUCUUGAUUUCAGAAGGACUGGGACAGUUUGCUCAAGAUCCCAAGUUCAUCGAGGUCACCACCCAGGAGUUGGCCGACGCCUGUGACAUGACGAUAGAGGAGAUGGAGAAUGCGGCAGACAACAUCCUCAGUGGGGGCGCCCAGCAGAGCCCCAACGGCACCCUCUUACCUUUUGUGAACUGCAGGGACCCGGGGCAGGACAGGGCUGUGGUCCCAGAGGACGAGAGCUGCGCAUAUGCCCUGGGGCGAGGCCGGAGCGAGGAGGCGCUCCCGGACAGCAGGGCCUACGUCAGCAACCUGUAGUCCACGGGGCUGGCGAGACGCGGGUGUUUUUUAUUCGUUUCAAUGUUCCUAAUGGGUUCGUUUCAGAAGUGCCUCACUGUUCUCGUGACCUGGAGGUAACCGGAACAGCGUCUUCAUUCACUGCUGUCGGGACAAGCCUCAGAGCUGGGCGGUGUGCGGAGUCGGCUUUUCAGGGGAGAGAAGGCCAAGGCCGUGGUGCAGGGCUCCAGCACCUUCCCGCGGCAGCACCGCCCAAAGGACCCCACCCCCCUAAGCAAAAGGGUGUUUUCCCCUUGCUUGUAUAAACAGUCAUUUGCACUUGUUCUGUCUGAGCCUGGCCGUCUCAAUGGAGCAGGGACCCAGGGAUCUAUGGCGGGAGUAGGCCAGCGCCCCGUGUAGGGGCUGGGGAGGUGGCUGCAAGGUUCCCAGCAGUGCAGGCCUGGUCCCUUCAGGGAUCCUUCCCCUGCAGGAGCUGAGGUGCAGGUGGCUAGAGCCAGUGCAGACCACACCACCCGCCCUCAGCUAGCCAGGCCAGGGGGGUGCAGGCUGCUGCCUAGUAAUCGCGGUUUCAUGGUUUGAUGGUCCUUGUUAGCAUGUUGCGGUUUUCUGGGUUUUGGUUUCUUUAUUUUUUAUUUGCUGUGCUUUUCCACGGGAAAGGGAGGAAGAAGAGCGUUUACAGUUGCGCAGCCUCACUCACUGUUUCCAUAUUUGCGUUAUUUAAGUCGGAUUUGGUUUUAUUAUAUUCUUUAAAUGGUGCGGUUUUCUCCCCCACCCCUCCUUUUCCACCCAUGGAGCGAGGGCUCAAUAUCACCACAGGAAGGUUUACCUGCUCUGUGUAUGCCCAGUAACCUGUUACAAUUUCCUUAAGUAACAGCGCCUCUCCCCCCCCCCCCUUUCU